AUUAAAUUUGAAUUAAUCAUUUUUAAUAUUGAUUUAUUUACCAAAACCACCAACAGAUGUAGCUAUUUUAACAAAUUCCCCAAUUUGAAAGAUCAGCUGAUUAUCUAUUGUGACGUUUUACACAUUAAAUAUAGGUUAAGUUAAAUGUCUAGUCAGAUUUAAAAAAUUUUAAUAGAUAACUAGGUUAUUACGUAUCUUUUUUGAUAACCUACUAUAGAUUUACAAAUUUUCAUUAAUUUUAGUGUCAAAACUAGUCAAAAAUGGAAUUUUUAAUUGGUGGUUUAGCAGCAACCUCCUCUUGUAUUUUCACACAUCCUUUAGAAGUAUUAAAAAUUCGUCUUCAACUUCAAGGCGAGUUAAAAUCGAAAGGGAAACACCCGAUUGUUUAUAAAAACAGUUUACAUGCGGCUUAUUUAAUAGCGAAACACGAGGGGAUGUUCGCGUUGCAAAAAGGAUUGGUUACCGGACUUUGGGUUCAAUUAAUAAUGAACGGAUCUCGAUUAGGUUUUUACGAUUUUUGGUCUUCAAGAGGGUAUGAUACAAAUAAGAAAACGGGUGAAAAGAUGAUUUAUCGUAGUGUGUUUAUCGCGGGAACCGGCGGUGUUAUCGGCCAUUACCUUUCAAAUCCUUUUUAUUUGAUCAAAACGCAUUUGCAAAGUGAAUCUGCUAAAGCGAUUGCUGUUGGGCAUCAACAUCAUUAUAAAGGAACUUGGAAUGCGUUAAAAGAUACGUUUAGAAAACAUGGAUUGAAUGGUUUGUUUCGCGGAGGAGUUGCUGUUGUUCCUAGAGCGUUUGUAGCAUCGUCGUCCCAAUUAGUUUCGUUUUUAUAUGUUAAAGACUGGUUGAAUAAAACAAAGUAUUUUUCAAAGAAACCUGUUUUAACAGUUUUUCUUGGAAGUAUGAUUGGUGGGAUUUCUAUUAGUGUUAUGACGGCGCCUUUCGAUUUAAUUUUAAUUCGACUUUAUAAUCAAGGAGUUGAUAAAUCAGGAAAAGGAACAUUGUACUCUGGUUAUUUUGAUUGUAUUAAGAAAAUAUACACAACCGAAGGGUUUAGUGCGUUUUAUAAAGGAGUGGGGCCCAUGUAUUUUAGAUUAGGUCCUCAUACUGUGUUAUGUUUGAUGUUUUGGGAGAUUUAUAAAAAAAUUUACCAUAAAUAUUGUGAUUAAAAGAAUGUAACUGAAAUGGUAAAAAAUGCUUAUGUAAAUAUUUAUAGAAAAAAUGCUGUGAUUAAUUAAAUUUUAUCUUCAUCAGA